AAAGAUGGUGAACGAAAGAACAAUGAUGAAGAUCGUUCGCAGAUGGGGACGCUAUACAACGAAAAAUUUCUCGCGAAUCCAGCGGAGUCAAAUAAGAUUGACACCGUCGAUAAUCUUGCUCGAACUCACCAAGUACACACUCCUGUUGAAAGGACUAAACAAUCUUCAACGUCUCCUGAAGGUGCAAGGCCACAGGAUGGAGCAAUAGAACCGGUUCGUUAG